AUGGUUCUACCCUUGUCUUCUUUAAUUCCGUUUUCUGCAUCAGAACUUCAAUUACUUAUUUCUGGUGAACAAUGCCCUAAAUGGACAAGAGAAGAUUUAUUGCGUUAUACAGAACCUAAACUUGGAUAUACCCGUGAUUCGCCUGUUUUUAUCAACUUUGUUGAUGUUUUGAAUAAUUUCGAUUCGACUGAACGCAAAGCCUUUUUACAAUUUACAACCGGUUGUUCUUCAUUACCACCUGGAGGUCUAGCAAAUUUACAUCCACGCUUAACAAUUGUAAGAAAAGUUGGGUCUGGAGAUGGAUCUUAUCCUUCAGUAAAUACUUGUGUACAUUAUUUAAAAUUGCCCGAAUAUAGCACUGCCACAAUUUUACGGGAACGUUUAUUGGCCGCUACAUAUGAAAAAGGAUUUCAUUUAAAUUGA